UGAAGGAAUGACACAGUUUGAGAUUCUCCCUCACUACAGAGACACACAGACUGAAAGAGAGACGAUCAGAUUCACCUUCAGACCAAACUCUCUCUGAUUGGGUUCAUCUGCAGGAGAGAAACGAGGGAAACUACGACACUGAACACUCCACACACUGAAGCUUUACUCUGAGACCACAUGGCUUCGAGAUCAGAGGAGGAUCUCUGCUGUCCUGUCUGUCAGGAUGUCUUCAAGGAUCCUGUUGUUCUGUCAUGUAGCCACAGCGUCUGUAAAGUCUGUCUGAAGAGCUGGUGGAGAGAGAAUCAAGCUCGGGAAUGUCCAGCUUGUAGGAGAAGAUCUUCAAGGGAAGAACCACCAUUAAACCUGGCGUUAAAGAACCUGUGUGAGUCCUUCAUAGUAGAGAAAGACCAGAGAGCUUCAGAGAAGCUCUGCAGUCUGCACUCUGAGAAGCUCAAACUCUUCUGUCUGGACCAUCUGGAGCCAGUGUGUGUCGUCUGCAGAGAUUCAGAGAAACACACCGACCACAGAUUCAGACCCAUCAAUGAAGCUACUGAAGAACACAAGAAGAACCUUCAGGAACCUCUGGAGGCCUUAAAGGAGAAGUUAAAGGUCCUUGUACAAGUUAAAGUUAAGUCUGAUCAAACGGCAGAACACAUGAAGGUCCAGGCCCGAGACACAGAGAGGCUGAUUCAGGAUCAGUUUAAGAAGCUUCACCAGUUUCUGGAGGAGGAAGAGGAGGCCAGGAUCUCAGCUCUGAGGGAGGAAGAGGAGCAGAAGACUCAGAUGAUGGAGGAGAAGAUGGAGGCUCUGAGCAGAGAGAUAGCAGCUCUUUUAGACACCAUCAGAGCCACAGAGGAGCAGCUGAGAGCUGAAGACGUCUCCUUCCUGAACCACUACAAGGCUGCAGUGGAAAGAGUCCAGCAGCGCCCCCUGCUGGAGGACCACCAGCUGCCAUCAGGAGCUCUGAUAGACCAGGCCAAACACCUGGGCAACCUGACCUUCAACAUCUGGAACAAGAUGAAGGACAUGGUCUCCUACACUCCUGUGGUUCUGGACCCAAACUCUGCUCAUCCAAUCCUCAUCCUGUCUGAAGAUCUGACCAGUGUGAGAGGAGGAGAGAGACAGAAGCUUCCUGAUAAUCCAGAGAGGUUUAAAAAAUACAGCACUGUUCUGGGCUCUGAGGGAUUUAACUCAGGGACUCACAGCUGGGAUGUUGAAGUAGGAGACAGUAGACGCUGGUAUGUAGGUGUGUCAGCAGAGUCUGCCCAGAGGAAGGGAAACUUACUGUCUGGAUUAGUGAGAAUAGGGUUCUUUAACGAUAUAUACUCAGCACGGUUACUAUCAGGUCCAGUCACAUUUCUCAAUGUGGAGAAGAAGCUUCAGAGGAUCAGAGUGCAUCUGGACUGGAACGGAGGGAAGCUGUGUUUCUCUAAUUUGGAUACUAACACACACAUACACACCUUCACACACACCUUCACUGAGAGGAUGUUUCCAUACAUUUACACAGGAGAUCAAGUGAAGAUCUCACCUCUAAAGAUCAGUGUGAUAAAACAGAAAUGAUUCCUUAUUUUGAAAAGAAAGAAUAUCGGUUUUAACCUCUUUAAAACGUAGAACCUGUCUUUCUGUGUUUUUACAAUCUAGAGAUGAUUACAUCUUCAACAAGUAUUCGUCUGACUAGUUUUGAGCGUUGAUUGUACACUCAGCUCUUAAAUGUAUGAGGGGCCAUUUAAGGACCAUUGAGACACUUACACAUCCUCACAAACUUUAUACACACUCAUGUACACACGUACAUGAGAAACACAGGUGCAUUCGUAUAUACACAUACAUCUCACUAGUGAACAUCAGAGCAUCUCACUAGCCUUCCGUAUGCUAGUGAGGUUUCAUGUACACACACUAGUGAGCGGCUCGCAGUCCUAAACGGCUCCUCAUAGAAAUGAGUGUGACUCUUAUCUUGAACGUAACCUUCUUCCUUGUCCUGCAUACUCUUAUUCAUAUUUAUUGUUGAUAAGUAGGUUUAUUACUAUUAUCUUUUAGGUUGGUGGUCCAACAGGUCGAGGUCGCAUUUGAGUUUCCUUUCAUGGACUUUGGUCUGUGUGUGUCAUUUACAGGCUCUUUUUUUAUUGCACUUCGUUGUGGAGUCGAUAGCAGGAUGCAUAUUGUUGUUGUAAUCUAAAACGUGUCUGAAUGAAGGCUUUCACUCACAUUUCAAUGUGGCUGAUUAGAAUGAAAUGUAAAGACGUAAAUGACGCCAAAUAAAAG